AUGAGUCUGAUGAGGAGGAGAAAGAAGAUGUGCACGCUGUAUGAGGACGAUUUCGUGUCACUAAACGAGUACACGCUUACCGUACGCAACUACCAUUUCCCCAGCAAGCGCGAUAGGAAAAUACCGGCUGACCAGAUUACAGUGGUGUACUUUGAGGACCAGGACACUUCCAAGUACAGCACGACUCGAACGUGGGGCAAGGCCGUCAACUCGAUUUGGUGGGCCUUCGACUUGAAGAGGGAACUACACAACAUUCCGGGCGUACACUCGCAUCGGGCGAAUGUUGUCGUUGAGAUUGGCGGACAGGAUGUGAAGAUUGGGUUCUCGGUGGCGGAUAUUGAUGCUUUUAUGGAGGCGAUGAGGGGACUUCUCGACUACCAUGUCAUCAUCGUCAAUUCCAUCAAUUUG